AUGCCGACACCGAGGAUGAAGAAGCAAAACAUCCGGACCCUGUCGCUCAUCCUCUGCAUGUUCUCCUACUUGCUGGUGGGCGCCGCGGUGUUUGACGCGCUGGAGUCCGAGUCGGAGAGCUCCCGCAGACGCAUCUUGGAGCAGAAGCGCAACGAGAUGAAGAAGAAGUACCGCUUCUCCGAGGACGACUACUACGAAAUCGAGCGAGUGGUGCUGCAAGCUGAGCCCCAUCGAGCCGGGAGACAGUGGAAAUUUGCUGGCUCUUUUUACUUUGCCAUUACAGUCAUCACCACCAUUGGUUAUGGACAUGCAGCUCCAGGCACAGAUGCAGGGAAGGUCUUCUGCAUGUUCUACGCUGUGCUGGGCAUUCCUCUCACUUUGGUCAUGUUCCAGAGCCUGGGAGAAAGGAUGAACACAUUUGUCCGCUAUCUGCUCCAUAAGGUGAAGCAGUGCCUGGGCUGUCGCCGCACCGAGGUGUCCAUGGAGAACAUGGUGCUGGUGGGCUUCCUGUCCUGCAUUGGAACACUGUGUGUUGGGGCUGCAGCCUUCUCACACUUUGAGAGAUGGAGCUUCUUCCACGCUUACUACUACUGCUUCAUCACACUCACCACCAUUGGCUUUGGGGACUUUGUGGCCCUGCAGAAGAAGGAGGACCUCCAGGAGAAAACCCCCUACGUGGCAUUCAGCUUCAUGUACAUCCUGGUGGGGCUGACUGUCAUCGGGGCCUUCCUGAACUUGGUGGUGCUUCGCUUCCUCACCAUGAACACUGAGGAUGAGCGGAGAGAUGCUCAGGAGAGGGCCUCGCUGAAGAGGGACAGAGGCCUUAUAGAUGGCUCUCUGAGUCUUCAUGUUGUAGAACAGAGCAGAGGCAACUACAGAGAGAGGAACAGGAGCAACGCGGUGCAAAGUCGAAGCCACAGUACGCUCUUCCUCCCGAUGGAGGAAGGAACCAGCCGCACUAACCUCAUUGCUACCCCAGCGGAGGACCAGGAGAGAAGAAGCCCCUGCAGACACAGGCUGCGUUUUCAGAUCAAGGCAGGCAGAGACAGGCCGGAGUCGAGCCUCAGCUCCCUCUGCUCCUGUGUGUGCUACCGUUUGGGGAUUUGUGAUAGUCCUCUUUUGUCCCACGGUGAACACCACGGCUGCCAUCUCAAUUCUGUUUAUUAUAACUCAGUGUCCUACAGGAUCCAGGGCUGCUCACCGGGCUCCAGGGACAACACUGGACUCUCUUCCCCAGGAAGCACGCUCUCUCCUGGGCACAGCUUCCGCGAGUUCUCUCGUUUGAGGAGAAAGUCGAUGUAA